AUGGCGGUGGAUGAGCAUGAGGAGCUACCCCAAGCUAUUCAGAGAGAGGCUGAACUCCAAAGACAAAUCGUUGACCUGCAAGGUCAAGUAACCGAGCUACAUAGAGCUCGGGAAGAUACCAAUCCCGAGCUGUCCUCGGAGUUCCAAAUCCUUAAGGAAAAAAUCGACGAACACUCUAAGCAACUGGAGCAGAGUGCCGAGAAGCUCAGCCAGCUCGAAUCAGAGAAUCUUACCCUCCGAGACGAGAACCAAGCCCUUAACACAGCAGGCAACAAGAAGCGUCGAUUCUGGACUCAGGUUCGCCCCAUGCCGCCUCUGGAAACACCUAACUCCGGGGCAGGCCCGAAUCUCCCAACUGCGGCACCGGGAGGAGAAGCAUCUACGCGAGAAAAGGCUAAGGACUCUCAGACCUAUGACGGGGAGGACAUCAACUCGGAACCCGAGCCUGAUAAGGAAGUAUCAGACAAAGCAGCGAGAGCGGAGUCUCCCAUGAUCGUUCACCUUCACGAGAUGUUCUCCUAUAGGCUCGACUCCAUGCAAUCCAUGGUAGAGAGACUCCCAGGGGUAGCUCCCCCCAUACAGAAGAGCAACACCGAUUCCUACGCCGACACUCCCUUCACGGAUGAGAUCACCUUGAUCGAGAUACACAGCAAGUUCUCUUUCCCUAGUAUCAAGUCGUAUAACGGCACCACUGAUCGGGACUACCACGUCGCACAAUACAGACAGAGGAUGCUCGCUGAAGCACUCCCCAAAGGGUCACGCGAAGCUACCAUGUGCAAAAGUUUCGGCUCCACUCUUACUAGACCUGCUCUUCAAUGGUAUAUCAACUUACCCUCCAGGUCCAUAGCUUCCUUCGCAGUUCUCAGCGAUAAGUUCGUGGAACAAUUCGCCAGCAGCAGGGACCUAGAGAAAACCUCUGACAGCCUCUACGAAAUCCUCCAGCAUCGAGCGGAACCCCUGAGAGGCUACAUAGCCCGUUUCAAUCAAGAAAAGAUGGCUAUCCCCAAAUGCAGUAUCCCCACUGCUAUCUCUGCUUUCAAGAGAGGCAUGCUCCCCGACGGAGACCUCUACAAAGAGCUGACCGAAUACCAGUGCAAAACCAUGGAAGACGUCCUAUCUCGAGCCUGGGCGCAGGUCAAAUGGGAGGAAGACUUCACCAGCCGUGCCAAGGCGCAACAAAUGUACCAGAACCAGUCAAUCAAGAAGGCAGAAGGGAUGACAGUGCCCACGUGGCCAGACGUCUCUCACCUCUCCGUCUCAAGGCCGGAGCUUAUCAAUGUUCUGAGGCAGAUGGGCCAGCAGUGUGACUUCCACCGAGACCACGGUCACAAAAAGGAGGACUGCGUCGCACUAAAGAUCGAGGUCAACGAGCUGCUUAGGAAAGGGCACCUCAUGGAGUUCUUUUCCGAGAAGGCCAAGAGCCAUCUAAGAAAGGAGACAAUGGGUAAGCCCACUGAAGCUGCUCCCGUCUCGCCACCGCGACAGGACCGAGUGAUCCAUGUCAUCUCAGGCGGUUCGGAAGUCAGCGGCAUAAGCCAUGCAGCCGCGAAGAAAAGCACCUGGAACGCCAAGCACGGCCUAGACGCUGCCAAGCCAAAACGCCUGCUCCUAGGGACGGACGAAAUAAGUUUCACGGCCAAGGAGCAGGAGAAAGUCCUCACUCCUCAUCACGACGCCCUGGAUAAUGGAAGCUCAGGCACCACCAUCUUCCAGGCCACAUACAAGGACCUGGGGCUAGAGGAAGGCGCCUUAACUCAUAGGGUAACACCCCUUAUAGGUUUCGGCGGGGAAGUCAAGCAAACCGCAGGGGAGAUAACCCUCCCCGUAUACGCCGAAGGAGUCAACAUGUCAACCAAAUUCCUCGUGGUUGAUUCCGAUUCGUCCUACAACAUGAUCUUAGGACGGCCCUGGAUCCACGGAAUGGGGGCCGUCCCCUCGACUCUUCACCAAAUGGUGAAGUUCCCUACGCCCUGGGGCAUAAAGGCGAUUAGAGGGGAUCAAGGAUAUUCCCGCGCCUGCUAUCAGACCACUCUGAAAGGAAAGGCGAAGGUCUUAUAG